UGGACCCACGGUUGCUCCAUCAUUAUCACACAGACCAACUUCCCAGUUCAACUUCUUAAUCAAAAUAACUUGUUCCUCUUCUCUCACACCUUCUUCCCUUUCAAUUCACUCCUUCAAUUUCUUUUCCACCAAACACAUCAUCCCUUCAUUCUUACACCACAAAACCUUUCUCACCAAACCACCAUAUCACUCCAUCUCUACGAAUCCAUGAAUUUCGACAUACCCAAAUCGUAACCUUCUAAAUCCAACUCCAUUUCUCAAAAGGGUACUAAAAAGUUUCUCCUUUUUCGAAUGAUGGUGGAAACCUCAACGCUAGGUCGGUUCCACCACCAAAGACUCGACUUUAAGCGAUGGGUUCCUUCAUUCUUAACCUCACAUAAGACCCUUUUCAUGGUUUUAUGGAUCGCUGCAUUUUUAUCGGUUUUUAUGUGGCAAAGGAACAUGGUGGUUGGUGGGUUUUUGGUUUUCGGUCAAGUUCCGGUUAGACCGAUUCCGAAGCUGAGACCGGUGGUUUUCAAUUUGACGGAUUUUGGAGGAGUGGGUGAUGGGGUUACUCUUAACACUGAGGCUUUUGAGAGAGCUGUUUCUGCUAUAUCUAAAUUGGGGAAGAAAGGUGGAGCCCAGCUGAAUGUUCCUCCUGGUCGUUGGCUCACUGCACCCUUUAAUCUUACCAGUCAUAUUACUCUGUUUCUAGCUGAAGAUUCUGUUAUUCUCGGCAUUGAUGAUGAGAAGUAUUGGACACUAAUGCCUCCAUUGCCUUCGUAUGGGUACGGAAGGGAGCGUCCUGGGCCUCGAUAUGGAAGUUUGAUUCAUGGUCAGAAUCUUAAAGAUGUUGUGAUAACAGGGCAUAAUGGCACUAUAAAUGGCCAAGGACAAUCAUGGUGGAAAAAAUAUCGCCAAAAGCGUCUCAACUACACAAGAGGCCCACUUGUUCAGAUCAUGUGGUCUAGUGACAUUUUAAUCACAAAUAUUACUCUACGCGAUUCUCCAUUUUGGACACUCCAUCCAUAUGACUGCAAAAACAUUACAAUAAAAGGUGUUACAAUUUUGGCUCCUGUAUUUGAAGCUCCAAACACUGACGGCAUAGAUCCUGACUCUUGCGAGGAUAUGUUGAUAGAAGAUUGUUACAUAAGUGUGGGUGAUGAUGCAAUUGCAAUAAAAAGUGGCUGGGAUCAAUAUGGAAUUGCUUAUGGAAGACCUUCCAUGAAUAUAAUGAUCCGAAACCUUGUUGUUCGCUCUAUGGUCAGUGCUGGUAUCUCAAUAGGUAGUGAGAUGUCUGGCGGCGUAUCCAAUGUCACUGUGGAGAAUAUUCUUAUAUGGAAUUCUAGGCGUGGUGUGAGGAUAAAGACUGCAGCCGGGCGGGGCGGAUAUGUGCGGCAAAUAACUUAUCGGAAUCUAACAUUUGAGAAUGUCCGUGUUGGAAUUGUGAUGAAAACAGAUUACAAUGAACACGCUGAUGAUGGAUACGACCCUACCGCACUUCCCGACAUAAGAGACAUAAACUUCAUCAAUAUCCACGGCCAUGGAGUUCGUGUGCCGGUACGUAUUCAUGGUAGCGAAGAGAUUCCUGUGAAAAAUGUAACUUUUCGUGACAUGUCAGUUGGGUUAACCUACAAGAAGAAACACAUCUUUCAGUGUGCAUUUGUACAAGGCCGCGUGAUUGGGACCAUCUUUCCGUCUCCGUGCGAGAACCUUGAUCGGUACAAUGAGCAUGGACAGUUGGUUAAACAAUCCAUGUCACAGAAUGUAACAGAUAUAGAUUAUGAUUUUUGAGGUUUCAUGUUCCAAGAUACUCGGGCUUCAAUUUAUGUUUGUAUUAGAUUCAUUUUUUGUGGGGUUGGAGCAGUCAAGUCAUACAUUUUUGUUUCUCCUUUUGUAAUUUCACUUCCCCUCUGCAUUUUAUAGCUUUCUGAAGUGGAGUUGUAAAUACGAAAAAAAGUUCAGAUGCUUAUAAAAAUUUAACGUGUUACACGAAUGCAUAGUCCUUGUGCCCUUA